AUGGCUGCCAGUGUGCGAACUCCGUUGCAAACCGUACAUGAAUCGGUGCCAACCGAACAGAACGAUGACUAUCAGCCGGUGUCAAUUUCAAACAAUCUUCGCAGCAAUGCCCGGAUAACGAGGAGCGAAGAACCGCAAAUUGGCCGGUACCGGUUACUGAAAACUAUUGGCAAGGGCAACUUUGCCAAGGUGAAACUGGCAAAGCACUUGCCCACUGGGAAGGAGGUAGCCAUCAAAAUAAUUGAUAAGACGCAGCUCAAUCAAUCCAGUCUUCAAAAGCUCUUUCGCGAAGUCCGCAUCAUGAAAAUGCUCGAUCAUCCAAACAUAGUGAAACUGUAUCAAGUAAUUGAGACAGAGAAGACGCUCUACCUGGUGAUGGAGUAUGCCAGUGGUGGUGAAGUGUUCGACUAUCUUGUUUCGCAUGGUCGUAUGAAAGAGAAGGAAGCUAGAGCCAAGUUUCGGCAAAUUGUUUCAGCUGUGCAGUACUGUCAUCAGAAGAGAAUAAUUCAUCGUGAUUUAAAGGCGGAAAAUUUACUGUUAGAUAGUGAAAUGAACAUCAAAAUUGCCGACUUUGGCUUCAGUAAUGAGUUUGUGCCCGGCGAAAAACUGGACACUUUCUGCGGAAGUCCGCCAUAUGCUGCCCCUGAACUUUUUCAGGGCAAAAAGUAUGAUGGACCAGAAGUUGACGUUUGGAGUCUGGGCGUAAUUCUCUACACUCUAGUCAGUGGCUCGCUUCCUUUUGAUGGCGCCAAUCUCAAAGAACUGCGUGAUCGGGUGUUACGCGGCAAAUAUCGGAUCCCUUUCUACAUGACCACUGAGUGUGAGAAUCUGUUGAAGAAGUUUCUUGUACUUAAUCCAGCAAAACGGGCUUCUCUUGAGACAAUUAUGAAGGACAAGUGGAUGAAUAAUAACUACGAAAAUGACGAACUAAAGCCAUUUGUUGAGCCGAAACCCGAUUUCAGUGACCAGCGUCGAGUGGAGAUACUAAUAGGAAACGGCUACUCGCGAGAGGAGAUUGAAGAAUCAUUACGCUGUCGCAAGUAUGACGACGUCAUGGCCAUCUAUCUUCUGCUGGGCAAGCGCACAACUGAGAAUGAGGCAUGCGACUCUCGAUCGAGCUCAAGUUUAUCGCUUCGGCAGCGCGGCGAUUUCAGUAUGAUCACGAAUAGUCACCACUCACACCAUCAUCACCACCAUCAUCAGUCUCCUUCUCAUGUGAAGGUACAGCGAAGUGUGUCCGCGACCACCAAGCCAAGGCGCUUCAGCCACGGCGGCGAUCCAAACCAUCCAGCGACGCCGGCCACCACGGCGACCACUGCAGCAACAGGUGCGACGGCGACGGGCACCACCUCCAACGCUGGUCAAUCGUUUGCGACGCCAGCAGUGCCUGCCAUUCCCAAUUCUAGCUCGGCGAGCACCAGCAGCGGCGGCAACGCAGGAGGCACUUCCUACAAGCAGCGUCCAAGUGCAUUCGAUCAUGUUAUCUCAAAAGACACGACUGUGAUUCAUCCGUUCAAGAAUAACAAUGGCGAAGCGGCGGCCGCAGCCUCCACUGCAGCUGCCGCCAACGGCAAUAACAGUGGCCCUUCGGCGGGCAGCGCCAAUGGAACUGCCAGUACGGCGGCAUCCUCCAGCUCCUCGGAGACGAACGCCACCAUCACCAAUGGAACCGGCACCGCUCAGGCCGCUACUGCUGAUCCGUCAUCUCCUUCAGGCGUCAAAUCGCCCACGAGCUCUUCCUCGACCAACUCAGCAAACAACGCAAACAGCUUCCCACCGAGUGGCUCUGGUGGUGGUGGUGGUGGUCGUUCCUCAUCGAUCAAAUCACCUUCCGUCUUAGUACCUGGCUCAUCCUCCUCGCCGACCUCUUCGAAUGCGGCGGCAACCUCCACGUCUACCACUUCGUCCACUUCUAGUACCGUUGGCGGGGGCAGCGCCUCGAGCGAGACUCCCCUCGCCUCGACGCCUUCUGCCGCCUCGGUGAUCAGCCCGUCCAAACUGAGCAACCUGGGCACUGGCUCGCUCAGGCAGAAGCCCUCUGCACUUCCGACGGCACUACUUAAAAACACACUCAGUGGCAUUCCUCGACGCAACACUCACAUUUACAACAACUCGGCCGACUCGAAAAAUGCCUCCACAGAGAAGACUAAUGAAAGCUCCAAUACCUCCACUUCUGCUAACACUUCUGCUACUACUAACGUGGCGAGCAUCACUGUUGUCGAAGAGGAGUCUAGUGACUCGUCCCUCAACACAAACAGUCUUCGCCCGAAGGGGCACACCAAGUCGGCGUCUGUCUCGGGGCGGUCCUGUUCCAGUGCUUAUGCAUCUGAAUUGCGUCCCAUCGACAGCAAUUCGACGCUGAACUCAAUCAAUGAAACCAUUCGCCCAAGCUCCUCAAAGAAUGCUGCCAUCUCGCCCAUUCAAAACAUCAAUCGAGCCUUUCCUCGUGGCAGUGCGAAUCGAAGCACUUUUCACAGCGGUCAGACGCGUGAACGCUGGCCAAACUCCUUUGUGGCCCCUCUGCAAUCGCAAGACACUUCAAACAUGAACCGACAGUCUUUCUUUAGUAAAUUGUCUUCAAAAUUCAGUAAAAGAACAAUGAACGAUGACCAAACAAAGCCUCGGUCGCUGAGGUUUACCUGGAGCAUGAAAACCACCUCUUCACGGGACCCUAAUGAGAUCAUGUCAGAAAUUCGCAAAGUUCUUGACAAGAACAACUGUGACUAUGAGCAAAGAGAAAAGUUUUUACUUCUUUGCAUUCAUGGAGACCCGUACACUGACUCACUGGUUCAAUGGGAAAUUGAAGUUUGCAAGUUGCCGCGCCUGUCACUAAACGGCAUUCGCUUCAAGCGCAUUUCAGGCACGUCGAUUGGUUUUAAGAAUAUCGCCUCCAAGAUAACGAGUGAACUGAAAUUAUGA